AUGUCUUCAGACGACAAGAUCAACACCGCAUACAACAUCGACAUCAAGGCUCAGGACCAAGCGCCUGGAGCCGGUCUCGACAGCCAGCUUGAUCCUCCCGCCAACUGGACCCAGCUCGAAUUCUGGGAUGACGACGAGAACCCCCACUUGGAAGAGUAUGAAGGCAGAGGCCUUCUCAAGAAUAAGACCGUCUUGAUUACCGGAGGUGACUCUGGAAUCGGUCGUUCUGUUGCCAUCCUCAUGGCUAGAGAAGGUGCCGACGUCACCAUUUGCUACCUGCCCGAAGAGCAAGAGGAUGCAGACUGGACGCUCGAGCAGAUCAAGAAGGCCGGUCGCAAGGGCCAUGGUAUUGCGCUCAACCUUCGCGACGAUGGCAGUUGUAAGAAGGCUGUUGAGGAGCACAUUCAGGUGCAUGGCAAGAUCAACGUGCUCGUCAACAAUGCGAGUAUGCAGGAAGUCUGCGAGGAGCAUGCCGAUAUCGACAUGGACGUCGUUCAAAAGACGUUCCAGACCAACAUCAUCCAGAUGAUGGCCAUGACCAAGUAUGCUCUCAAUCACAUGAAGAGAGGCUCCUCGAUCAUAAACUCAUGCUCUGUUGCCGGAUACAUGGGCAACCCUUCGAUGGUUGACUACAGCUCGACCAAAGGCGCCAUCGCCUCCUUCACCAGAUCUCUUGCUCAGCAGCAAGCACCCAAGGGUAUUCGUGUCAACGCCGUUGCCCCUGGUAUCAUCUGGACUCCUCUGCAAGCAGCCACCAAGGGCAACCCACCGGAAGCUCUUCGCAGAAUCGGUGUUGCAGAGGCGCCUAUGCGCCGCCCUGGUAUGCCCGUCGAGGUCGCAACAGCAUAUGUCUUCCUCGCCAGCCCUUACGGCAGUUACUUCACUGGCGAGGCACUGCACGGUACCGGUGGCCUCGAAGUCCAAGGUUAA